AUGUUUUGUUGGCGUUGUUUGUGAGUCUGGAACGGAUUAAUGGCAUUAGUAUUCAUUUCAAUAGGGCGUGACGAUUUGAGCUACGACUUUUUGGGGUUUCAAGUGGUGUCACAGAACGAAGUGAACUUGUCAAACAAGGCAGCGCCGUAUGAUUUCAUUUGCUCCAGACCUCAUCGCGGCUAACUGCAAAUGGUCAUAUUGCGCAGCCGAACAGGUCGCGCACGCACGCACGCGGCCCCUCGUACAGUUGAGAGGAUGCGAGGAGUCAGUGGGGGAGCGGCUCUUGUCGUCUUAGCGGAUGUGGCGGUCCCUCAUGUCUGGACUCUCCGUUUACAUUAUUCAUACGGGGGAGGGAGUGACUUCUUGGCCUUUUGCGCCGCUGUAUAAAACGAGGAGUCCGCGUCAAAGAAACUACAGAUGGAGAAGGCCCGCCGCCUGGCAGCGUCACCGAGAGCCAACCCCGACUGCGUCCACUCGUGACCAUCGCCAUCGGCACACCAUGCCCGCGCUCCGCGUGCUCUGUCUGGCGGCCGCGCUGGCCGCGCUCGCGCGAAGCGGCGGCGUCGCCGCCGUGGGGCCGCUGGUCCGCUGCGAGCCGUGCGACUCCGUGGCGCUGCUGCAGUGCAAGCCCCUGCCCAAGGACUGCGCCGAGCGCCUGCGGGAGCCCGGCUGCGGCUGCUGCGUGACGUGCGCCCUGGGCCGAGGGCGCGCGUGCGGAGUGUACACGGCGCGCUGCGGCUCGGGUUUGACCUGCCAGCAACAGCCGGGCGAGAGCCGACCCCUGCAAGCUCUUUUGGAGGGACGGGGAGUGUGCGCCAGCGCCAGCGCCGGCGCGUCGACCCAAAAACUCGGCGCCAUCCCGGUUCCGGCGCAAAAACAAGACCGCGGGCGAAAUGGGGUCGAGGAAGGCCUCGCCAACAAGACGGCGACAAUGAGCGCGUCGCCGCCUUUGUCGACUGUCAAAGGCGGUCAGAGUGGAGGCGUGAUGGACACCAGGCCUCCGUUACACAACAAGCUGAUAAGGAAAGAUCAGAACAAGAAGACUCACAGCUACAAGGUGGCGUCGGUGUCAGAGGGAGCCAAUGCGGACAUGCAGAACUUCUCCCUGGAGAACAAAAGGGAGUCUGAGUAUGGCCCGUGUCGUCGGGAGAUGGAAAGCAUCCUAAAUAGUCUGAAAAUCAGCAACGUGCUCAACCCGAGAGGCUUCCGCAUACCCAACUGUGACAGAAGAGGCUUCUAUAAGAAAAGACAGUGCCGUCCAUCCAAAGGCAGAAGGCGGGGAUACUGCUGGUGCGUGGACAAGUACGGACAGUCCCUGCCCGGCUACGACGGCGGAGAUGAGAAACAGUGUCACAACCGCGAGAGCCAAUGAGGGCCACAAGCUGGAAGGCAGGAAAGCCAAAGAAGGGAAGAGGGGGACGAGGGGGAAGGGAUGGAGCGACCGGCGGAGACGCCCGUCCAUCGCAACUGCCUAUUCGGCGCUACGGGUUCCUCUUGGUUGUUCUCGAGAAAAUGAUCAAGCUUCAAAAAAAAAAAAAAACUAAACAAAAACAAGAAAAAAAAAAGAACAAAACAAAGAAAAUAGCAAGAAAUUUGUCAUCUGCACUAUUUUGCUAGCGAGGGAGCGAAAUGAGGGAAUUUCCCACUCACUUUUAAAAGACCUUCUUUGUGACUGUGACCCCCCCCAAAAAUGCAGCGCCCCCAUACCAAUGCGCGUCUGUCUGCGAAUGUGCCACCGUGCCUCUGCCAGUGCUCGCCUUGCAUUGUGUGCGCGCCGCUGUGUGAUUGUGCAACAAGUUUGUUUUCCCAAAAAGUGUUUGUGUAAAUACUCGACAGGACAUCACGAAGCCAAGAGACCCCCGAGCUCUGGCCCUGUCACGUUCAACAAAACAAACAAAAAAAAAAAAAAAAACGCUCUCAGGGUCCUUUUCCCAGAGAAGGAUGAUCUGGCACGGCAACGGCGUCGUCUUCAUAGUCGAGCGCGUUGGCCAACCGAGAGCCUUGAUCGCUGUGUCCGGCUUCGUGCCCGCCGGUUGUGGCGGGAAAGGAACAGAUGCAAGCCGUGCAACCGUUGCAGUGCCUCAAACCUGACCUUGACAUGCCUUCCCUCCAAAGGAAAUCCAUCUCUCGCGUAUCAAAUGCACCCCUCGGGUGUUUUUUUGCGUGUCGCAUGCGCACGCUAAUUAGCGGCCAUCAAGAAAGCCAAAGGCUAAAAAAAGGAGAAAAGGAAAACAAAUCGACUUCUUUAGGAUUUAGACUCGGUCAUCAUGCUACCUUUCCCGGCUUUGGAUCCCGGGCCCUGGCUUGGGGGCUGGAUGUUCCGGGGUCUGACUUGUGUUUUCCGAGCUGGCUUUUUUGAUCCAAAACAUUGGAAUGACCCCCCGCCCCCCCUCUUCCACACAUGGAACUCACGGAGUUGCACUCAGCCUUUCUAUACCGCACAUGUGGGGGGGGUUGUGGCCGGUUGAGGCGAGGUGGGUGAGCGGGCUGCCAUCCAUGAACCUGCCCCGACGGAAGCUCAGGAGAAUGCACGCGACGACUCCGUCAACGUCGACGCGUCCCUCAUCCCGCGUUCUGGUUUUUGAUCGCGCGCGGCCGGUUCCAAAUGGAUCAAUGUGCCCUCCUCUUUUGUCUGUCGCCAUAACCUGUUCCCGUCCAUCCGUGAUCCUUCCCACCGGUCCAUCCAAACUCGUUUGUCCUCAUCCUGACGUCCGCACGGGCUUUGUAUCCGUGCCUCAUCCUGUUCCCGUCCUUUUGCCGCGUCUCUUCCACAUACAGCAAAUGGGGCUUUUUUUGGGAAUACAUAUCUAUUUUUGUCCUCGCCUCGAACACGACAGCCCUAUUCUCUUCCCGUGUAACCUGGCGGAGGCUUGCUGAAGCGCGCGUGGGCCCGGCGGGGCAGGGAGGGCUGCCCCGGCCACCGGCUCCAGCUGCCCCUAUGCUACAAGCACAAGCACUUCAAGCACUUUAGCUGCACCCGUGCAAAA